AACUUAAAUUUAUAAAUGGCAAUAUGGCGAAAACGGCAGCACUGCUCUGUGGAUUUGCAGACGAUAUAUAUCGCAUCAAUAGCAGCCAACUUAACUGGUUUCGAGCUCGAAAAUCGCAACACAGCUGCUAAAAUGUCAGUAACCUUGCACACCGACGUAGGCGACAUUAAAAUCGAGCUGUUUUGUGAAGCUUGUCCCAAGGCCUGCGAGAAUUUUCUAGCCCUCUGCGCCAGCGACUAUUACAGCGGAUGCUGCUUUAUCAGGAACAUCAAAGGAUUCAUUGUGCAAACAGGCGAUCCAACCAAUACAGGCAAAAAUGGCCAGUCCAUUUGGGGCACCAAGUUCGAUGAUGAGUUUAAGGAAACAGUAAAGCACACGGAUAGAGGAAUGGUCUCCAUGGCAAAUAAUGGUCCCAAUGCGAAUGCCAGUCAAUUCUUCAUUACGUACGCUGCACAGCCUAAUCUGGACUUGAAAUAUACGCUCUUUGGGCGUGUAAUCGAUGGCUUCGAUGCACUCGAUGAGCUGGAGAAGCUGCCCGUAAACCCAAAGAACUAUCGACCCCAUUUUGAUAAGAAAAUUAAUGGAGUAACGAUCCAUGCCAAUCCGCUGGCAGCGUGAUAAAUGACUCAAAUUGCAUUAGCUGAUACAUAUAUUAUCUAGCACUUAAGUUUAAAUAAUUGUUGCAUUUACAAACAAAUUAAUUGAGAAGCAAUUUGUGCAAAAGCUUCGUGAAUUAAAACUAACAAGUCA